AUGUUUGACAUCUCAGGAGCGCAUGCCGAGCUCGAUACCAUUCACCAAAUUCAAAAUGCGCUCGUGGAGCGUCUUAAACAGGAGCGCGCCAAGGGGCCACGCGCUAUAUCGGCCGCUGUGGACAAUGGCAUGACUUACCUCUUUAAUCUCGCUGUAUUCGUGCAUACGAAUUUCAAUUCUCAGGUAGGGUCUGUAGGUCCCACACCACCAAGCAAGGCUCUCUUCCAAAAUGUGAGGGCAAGUUUCCAGCAAGUCCAACAAACUACAAUGGGGACCCUAGAUGACUUAUCCCGCAUUCAAGCAGAGAGUGUUGACCUAAGCUCUACCCGAGUUGCCAAAUUAUUAGCAAAAGUUCAGGAAGCCAAAAAGUCCACUGAAAUAACUCUCAAGGACCUUGGCGCAAGGAUUGAGGAGGCGUCAAAACAGGAGCAGACCUGGGAGGCGCAAGUGAAACAGAAUGAGGAGCUGCUCCAAACCGCUGAAGAAAAGCUCAGAAGCGACGAAGAAGCUCAAAGGGAUACAAACAUUGGGCUUAGUAUCCUUAUACCGUUUUGGGGAAUAGCUGGUUUGAUUGACCAUAGAGCAGCACCAGGGAAUGUCCUGCUCGCCUCUGCAGUCGGCGCCCAGAAACAGGCGUUACAAGAUGCAGAUAACUCUUUGAUGUCCACGAGGAACUACCUGAUCCAAACCCAGAAGGAAGAAGCGGACUACAGAAACGAAACAGCACAACUAGAUGUUCUUACGGCACAGCUUCAAAACAUGACAUCUUCUAUUACUGUGACUGCAGGCAACAUCAAUGACAUGGUUCAAGCUACCGGCAAGAUGAAGGAAAAUGCCGCUCAAAUGGUGCAACUGGCGAACAAAAUGUACAACGACGCAACUAUUGCGUCAGGGGACGCGUUCUUCCGGGACGAAUUUGUUAACCCGAUACUUGAUCUCUGCUCUUUGGUAGUUAUCGAGUUCAAUGCUGCCCCUAAGAUUGACACGAUCCUUGACGAGCUGAAAAACGCUUAUGGUGAAAACCCUAUCCCCCAAUCUAUCAAUCAGAAGUUUGAAGACAUCAGGGCACGCGUCAAGCGGUUUCUCCCCCCUACUCGAAAGUAG